AAUACAGAACAUUUUUAGAUUAAACUAAGUCAGCUGUCAGUUUCAAGGGCACAGUGUUGCCAGGAUGCCAGACACACAGAAACUCAGUCAACAAAACAGAAACAUGAUCUUUUGAGGGAGUUACAAUUUUCACAAGUGAAAACCAAGAAGAACUCCAAAGACUGCUGAGACAGAUAUACAAGAGGAGAUUGUGAAAGACUUUUCCGAGACAGAAGCUUCAACAACUUAAAACUGGAACAUUUGAAAGGAAUAAAUAUUUGUAAACGGGCAAUCAAGGAUGGAGGACUUCAGUCGCAAGGGUUCUGGUGUGCAGGACAUGGGACCUCAGAUUGGUGGGCUGUUGGUCCAGAUCCAGCAGAGAGUGCCUGUACAAUUUGUAAGGAUCAGACAGAAACUUCUGGAAAUGGCCAUUUUAAUCUGUGUGAUUCUGCUGGUGUUCUGGUUCGCCUCAUUCCUCUAUGGAAGCUUUUAUUACUCCGUUAUGCCCACUGCCAAUUUCAUCACACCUGUCCACUUCUACUACAGGACUGACUGUCCAUCUCCUCAUCAAUCAAUGUGUUCUUUUCUCGAGGCUAACGUCUCACUGCUGAAAAAUGGAAAACAUCAGGUAAUGAUAAAUGGUCAGCCCUAUCAGAUAAUGCUAGAGCUCGAAAUGCCAGAAUCUCCAGCUAAUCAGCAGUUGGGAAUGUUCCUGGUAAAAAUGGCCCCCUAUUCUACAGCUGGUCAGGUUGUUGCCACAUCGGCACGUUCUGCAAGGAUCCAUUAUAGUUCCUCUCUGCUUCAGUCUCUGCAUACAGUACUCUUCUCCCCAAUGCUGUUGACAGGGGUGUCGGUGCAGAAGCAGUCAGUCAUGGUGGAGCUGUUCUCUGAAUUCAGAGAGGACUCUUACAAACCCAGUGUUGGAGCUGUUAUAGAGAUCCAUUCUCCGCAUAUUCAGAUCUACAGAGCACAUCUUUACAUCUUUGCUCACUACACAGGUAUCAGGUAUCUGAUGUAUCAAUUCCCCUUGACUUCAUCUGUAAUCGCGGUGAUGAGUAACUUCAGUUUCCUCAGUUUGAUCCUGGUUCUCAGCUUCCUGCAGUUCAGUCUGAAUGGCCGCAGGUUGUUACCUGGAAAGGCUGAUAUGCAACAAAAAGAACUGGAAGAGGACUCGAAUGAUCAGUUUGUUGAAGAAAAUGCCACAGCCUCUACAACACAUUUGUUGGAUUCUCCCCUUUUAAUGGGCAGCAAUGCUAUUGAGAUGGAAGAAUCCAUUCCAGACAUGGGGGUGGAUAAGAGUGAAGACUCCAGAUAACUCGCUGAUGAAGAACCCAUCUUCAAAUGCAUUUUUCAGAGGGGACAUUACAAAUAUCUCAUGCAUUAAAAGACACCAUUGA